CCCGAGCCCGGGCCGCCUCCGUCGCCAGGGCCGGGGCAGCAGCGGGCCGGGGGCGGGUCCGCCACCGACCAUGCGGGGCAAGCUCUGGCUCCUGGUGCUGGUGCUCAGGGGGGCUGCCCGGGCGCUCAGCCCCCAGCCCGGAGCAGGUCAGGAUGCAGACCGAGGCUCUGGAUGGUUCACGCAGAGCUGGAAUCGGAGAGCCCGAGAGAGCCCUGGGCAGGUGUCAGAGCCGGACAGGACCCAACUGAGCCAGGACCUGGGUGGAGGCACCCUGGCCAUUGACACACUGCCCGACAACGGGACCAGGGUGGUGGAGGACAACCACAGCUACUAUGUUUCCCGUCUGUACGGCCCCAGCGAGCCCCGAAGCCGGGAGCUGUGGGUGGACAUGGCCGAGGCCAACCGGAGCCAAGUGAAGGUCCACAGAAUCCUCUCCAACACCCACCGGCAGGCUUCAAGAGUGGUCUUGUCUUUCGAUUUCCCUUUCUACGGGCAUCUUCUGCGGCAGAUCACCAUAGCAACCGGAGGCUUCAUCUUCAUGGGUGAUGUGAUCCAUCGGAUGCUCACAGCUACUCAGUACGUGGCCCCUCUGAUGGCCAACUUCAACCCUGGCUACUCCGACAACUCCACAGUUGCUUACUUUGACAAUGGGACUGUCUUUGUUGUCCAGUGGGACCACGUCUACCUCCAAGGCUGGGAGGACAGGGGCAGCUUCACCUUCCAGGUGGCUCUGCACCGUGAUGGCCGCAUUGUUUUCGGCUACAAAGAGAUCCCUAUGUCCGUCCGGGAAAUCAGCUCCUCCCAGCACCCCGUCAAAGCAGGCCUGUCAGAUGCCUUCAUGAUCCUCAACCCAUCCCUGGACGUUCCAGAAUCUCGGCGAAGGACCAUCUUCGAAUACCACCGUGUGGAGCUGGACCCCAGCAAGGUCACCAGCAUGUCAGCUGUGGAGUUCACCCCAUUGCCAACCUGCCUGCAGCAUCGGAGCUGUGACGCCUGCGUGUCCUCGGAUCUGACCUUCAACUGCAGCUGGUGCCAUGUCCUCCAGAGAUGCUCCAGUGGCUUUGACCGCUACCGCCAGGAGUGGCUGGCCUACGGCUGUGCCCAGGAGGCAGAGGGCAGGACAUGUGAGGACUUCCAGGAUGAGGACCACUACUCGUCCUCCCCCGACAGCUCCUUCAGUCCCUUUUAUGGAGACCUCACCACCACCUCCUCCUCCCUCUUCAUCGACAGCCUCACCACAGAAGAUGACACCAAGUUGAAUCCCUAUGCAGGAGAAGAUGGCCUUCAGAACAACCUGUCCCCCAAGACAAAGGGCCCCCCCGUGCACCUGGGCACCAUCGUGGGCAUCGUGCUGGCGGUCCUCCUCGUGGCGGCCAUCAUCCUGGCAGGGAUUUACAUCAAUGGCCACCCCACCUCCAACGCUGCGCUCUUCUUCCUUGAGCGGAGACCUCACCACUGGCCAGCCAUGAAGUUCCGCAACCACCCCAACCACUCCACCUACACAGAGGUCGAGCCCUCGGGCCACGAGAAGGAGGGCUUCGUGGAGGCCGAGCAGUGCUAAGGGCACCAGGUCUCCCCUUGGAAGGGUAGGAAAGAAGACCCAGGGACCCAAAAAAAAGAUGAGUCAAAGCAAAGCAGAGAAGUGACUUUUCUUGGCCUCCUCCGAACAUACCCUGGCUGGGAAGAUGAGACAAUGGUUUGUGGUGCCAGAGCACCCCAGAUAUUGAAGCAAUGGGCAGAAAAGCAACCCUGUUGAGUUUUUAAGGAACGGUAACCUAAUUUCAUCCUGUUUUGAUGCAAGAGGUCUCCCCUUCUGGGUCUCUCAAUGGUCUACCCUGUAGCUGCCCCAAAGGCCCCUCCCA